GCAAAAUAAUAUCUCUCACGGCCAUAUCACACACAAAGGAGAAAAUCACAAUAUGACAACAUACGGCACAAAUCCGACGUCGCCUAACGACUUAGCCCCCAAACUCGAGUACAUCAGCCGCGGCAAUAACGUAAGAUCAGGCCUAGCCACGCGCCGCCCUUGGAAGCAAAUGCUCGACCUCCGUUCAUUCAGCUUCCCACGCAAACUAGCCACCGUGAUCACCAGAGUCAAAGCCAACAUCGUCUAUUUCCAGACCAACUACACCAUAGUCGUCUUCUUCUCCGUGUUCCUCAGUCUGGUCUGGAACCCCUUCUCCCUCCUAAUCCUACUCGCCCUACUCGGCGCAUGGCUCUUCCUCUACUUCCUUCGUGACGAACCGCUCGCUGUAUUCGACCGCGAGAUCGACCAUCGUAUUGUGCUCAUAGUCAUGUCGGUUCUCACUCUCUCGAUCCUUUUCUUAACCGACGCUAAGCUCAAUAUCGCGGUGGCUAUCGUGGCCGGUACGGCGGCUGUGUUGUCUCACGCAGCUGUUAGGAAAACUGAAGAUUUGUAUCAAAACGACGAAGAAACCAGUCUCUUGAACCCCUAAGAAAAAUGAUCGUUAUUUCAUUUGUUAGGCUCCCUCGCAUUAUGACUAUGAUUGUUUAUUUGCGUGCGUUUAGGUUCGUUUGAUUCAGUGUUAUGAAAUUAAAUAUU